AUGCAGGGUCAUGUUAUAACAUGGCUAUUCUUUGAGGAUUGCUUUCUUGGGAGAUAUUUCCCAUAUGAUGAGCAGGAGUGGAAGCAAGGAGAGUUCGACAAGUUGGUUCUGGGCUCGUUGUCUGUCGACGAGUACCUGGCCAAGUUCAAUGAGCUGGUAAAGUUUGCACGCUUCCGGAUGGAGAGGCCUACUCUGAUCUUUUUGGCCGCUAAGUUCCGCAUGGGACUUAGUGAGGACAUUGCUGGUUACCUCGUUGGUUCUGCUUCGAGAGACUUUGGGACACUGGUGCAGCAGUGUCGAGAUAUCGAGGAUUUAUGCAACUCGAGUAAGGCCAAGAUUGCUGAUACGAAGGGAACGAAUAGUUCCACUUCCUGGAAGGACGAGAAUUUUGCCGGAAAGGGAAAAGAUGCUGCUGAUUUCUGCAUGUGUAGCUGA